GAGAGAGAAUCGGUGAACAUUAAGAUGCAGGACAGCUAGGCAGCUUUGAAGGUGCAGCAUCCGAUGAUUAAUCUCGAGGAACAACGCGUUUUUCCUCGCACAAGUUGACUUGGAGAUUUGCACCCUUCCUACUAUUUUAUAACCACAAGUGCAAAUUAAUUUAAUUUAACUCUGUAACAAUAUCAAAAUUUAAUCGGACCCUCCUCCAGUCACUCUUCACUCUAUAUAAACCCACUCACCCCCGACUUCAUAAUGUCACCACCAAAAAAUAAAAAUAAAUUCCGACAUGGCAUUUACCACCGCACUCGUUCUUCUCACCACACUCUUGUCUCUCGAAACACUUGUCGUUGCUUCUCAAACUGUCUCUAACUCAUCGUCCUCGAGUAUCUGCAAAACGACGCCGGAUCCUAAGUACUGCAAAUCAGUGCUGCCCAACACUACACAUGGCGACGUUCACGAUUACGGUCGGUUCUCUCUCCGCAAAUCGCUAUCGCAGUCGCGGAAAUUCGUUCGAGUCAUUGAUAAAUACCUCAAACGCAAUACCCACCUGACGCAGACGGCCGUUAGGGCUCUCCAAGACUGCCGUUUCCUCGCCGGCCUCACAAUGGACUACCUCUUAACGUCGUUUGAGACCGUUAACGCCACCAGCAAAACGCUGACGCUCCCCAAAGCUGACGACGUCCAAACGCUCCUCUCCGCGGCGUUGACCAACGAACAAACCUGCCUCGACGGUCUGACCACGGCUUCCGCCACGUGGACCGUACGAAACGGCGUCGCUUUGCCUCUGGUCAACGACACGAAGCUCUACAGCGUCUCGCUCGCUCUCUUCACCAAAGGGUGGGUCCCGAAGAAGAAGAAACGGGUCGGGUUCUCGUGGAUCCACCCGAACGAAGCCUCCCACAAGCCCUUCCGGGUCUUCCGUAACGGAUUCCUGCCGUUAAAGAUGGCGGACCGGACACGCGCCGUCUACGAGUCCGUCAGCCGGAGGAAGCUCGCCGGAGAAGGAGACGACGGGAGCACGGUGAUGGUGAGCGACUGCGUGAUCGUUAGCCAAGACGGCACCGGAAACUUCUCCACAAUCUCCGAUGCCGUUGCGGCGGCGCCGAACAACACCGACGGAAGUAACGGCUUCUUCUUGAUCUACAUAACGGCGGGGAUUUACGAAGAGUACGUUUCGAUCGCGAAGAACAAGAAGUUCUUGAUGAUGGUCGGCGACGGAAUCAACCAGACGGUGAUCACCGGUAACAGGAGCGUCGUCGACGGUUGGACCACGUUUAACUCCGCUUCUUUCGCGGUGGUGGCGCCGAACUUCGUGGCCGUGAACAUCACUUUCCGGAACACGGCCGGACCGGAGAAGCAUCAGGCGGUGGCGGUCCGGUCCGGGGCAGAUCUGUCCAUAUUCUAUGGUUGUAGUUUCGAGGCAUAUCAAGACACGCUCUACACGCAUUCUCUCCGACAGUUCUACCGAGAAUGCGAUAUCUAUGGAACGGUCGAUUUCAUAUUCGGAAAUGCGGCGGUCGUUUUCCAAAACUGUAAUAUUUAUCCGAGACAGCCCUUGCAGAACCAGUUCAAUGCCAUCACGGCUCAGGGGCGUACGGACCCUAACCAGAACACCGGUACGUCGAUCCACAACUGUACCAUUAAACCGGCCGACGAUUUGGUUGCGAGCAAUUUUACGGUUAAGACAUAUUUGGGACGACCUUGGAAGGAAUAUUCUCGAACGGUUUACAUGCAAUCGUACAUUGACGGUUUUGUUGAACCGGUCGGUUGGAGGGAGUGGAACGGGGAUUUUGCGUUGAGUACGCUGUAUUACGCAGAGUACAACAAUACCGGACCCGGUUCAAAUACCACUAACCGGGUUAAUUGGCCCGGUUAUCACGUGAUUAAUUCCACGGACGCAGCUAAUUUCACGGUCUCGAGCUUCUUGCUCGGCGAUGACUGGAUCCUUCAGUCCGGCGUGCCUUACUUUGGCGGUUUACUUUCAUGAUUUUUUUUCCAUAUAUUGUAAUUUGAAUUAUUAUUAUUAUUAUUAUUGUUUUUAAUUUUUUUAGGGGGAAUUAAUUAGAUUUCGUAUUUGUUUUGCGCAAAUGUAAUAAGUUAUUGUACGACAUCCAAGCUCGGAAAUGUGAAGCUUGUAUACAUUUUUUGAGAAAUUAUAAAUUGAAACAAAUUAUUUUU